AUGGCUGACUGGGGUUUUCUCAGUGAACUGUUUGGGUCACUGCAGGCGCACUCACCCAUGUUGGGCCGUCUCUGGCUGCUCCUCAUGCUGGUCUUCAGGAUGCUGAUACUCGGUACAGUGGCCAGCGACAUGUUUGAUGAUGAACAAGAGGAGUUUUCUUGCAACACGUUGCAGCCAGGAUGCAAGCAAGUUUGCUAUGACCAUGCCUUCCCCAUCUCCCAGUAUCGCUUCUGGGUCUUCCACAUUGUGCUCAUCUCUACCCCUGCUCUAGUCUUCCUCAUGUAUGCCAUGCACCACCACAAGAAGCACCAGGUCCUGCCGCAAGACUCGACAAUCAGCAGUCUGGAAGCAAAGCGGGAUUUCCAUCUCAAGCGUCUCUAUCUAGUCAAUGUGGCUUUCCGGAUGUUGUCUGAGGUGGGGUUCCUGAUCGGACAGUGGAAGCUGUACGGUUUUCAUGUCGAGGCUCAGUUCCCCUGCAGUCGCUUCCCUUGUCCUCACACCGUGGACUGUUUCACCUCCAGACCUAUGGAGAAGACAGUCUUCCUGCUCUUCUACUUCGUCAUCGGAAUACUCUCGGCUGUCUCCAGCCUGGCCGAAUUCGUUCACAUCAUCUUCAAGUGGUUCAUGAAAAGCUCUGAGGGGAUCGAGUCCUUGGUAAAGGAAGAUAUUGAAUUCCAAGAAGAGAUUAGUAAGAGGUACUCGAGUAAGCGUGAGAAGAACCAAGCCAGUAGAGUGAAGUUAGGCAGAACCAAGGACGUGCUGCAGUUCUCUGGAAGGAUCGGUAAAUCAAGAGGGAGCACAGGCUCAAGGAAAUCCAGUAUCAAAAGCAAGAGCCUUGGAGAACUGAUUGUGUGA